GUUGAAUUUCACGAAUUCUCAUUUUUCCAGCAAAUUUUUUCACGUGCAAGUUAUUUGUGUGACCAGUGUGCGAAGACAAAAUCACUAGGAAGUUGGAGUCACAGCUUUGAACAAGACCAAGACCACCACUCUGCAGAGGCAGACGGCCUACCACUGGAUCUGGUUGGUCCAAACGGCAACAGAGCGAGGUUUUCAACAGGGAAGAUAUGGUGACGUUCAGGGUUCCACGUUUUGUGCGUCUCUGUGUUGCGGCACCAGCGCAAUGGGCGGCACUGGACGUGCUCGGCGCCGGCAUGCACGAGCAGCAGCCCCAGCGUCAAGGCUCGAAAAACCGGCGGCGUUGGGGGGACAUGUAUGGAGACGAAGAGCAGGACGAAGCUCAGGCGGUUGAGGAGUUAUUGGCAUACGAGAGCGGGUUUUCGCGCUCUCCCUCCGACGAGCCGGCCGAACCGGCUGCAGAACGUGCGUCAGAAGAAGAUGAUACUCGGUCGUCUAGGCUUGCGAGCGCACCAGCACUGGAGCGCGUUGCAGAAGAAAUACAGAAGCAGCUCGCGCCUUUCUCGGGAACUUCUCGCUGGUGCGGUGCCACGGAGACACCAAGCAGCUGCAGUUCAACGAAUCCCCGACCGCAUAUGGCAAGCUCGACAAGGGGCACCGCGACCGUGUCGCCCUGCAGCAGCCCCCGCAGCUCCGUCCCCGCUUCCUCCAGCCCCUCCGGGAGCAUUCCUUCGCCGACGGUUGUAAAUCUACUACGCGACGCCGUCAGCAUGCCGGAGCAGGACGAGCUUUGGUUUGCGGAGGGUGCGACGGGAAACGCUGCCCGUGGGGGAAAUAAACUUUCGUUCCCGCAUUCCAGCAGACAGGCACGAUGGACAAGAGGACCGGGUCGCAGCUCCCCCGGAUCUUUUUCGACUGUGUGCGGAGCAGAAGAAAGUUUGGCUUGCGUUUUUGCUGAUGAACUGGAGAAGGCGUCGCCGAAGCGCACCAGUUUCCUGCGCACCUGUCAACGGAGUGGAGACGAGUUCGUUGCCGGAUGCCUGUCACUCGAACGCACAAACUCGCGCUUUUUCGCAGCGCGCGAGAAGAUGCAGGCCAUCUACGAGGAGCUGGGACUCGCGCUCGAUCACUUCAGAAGGCUGGAACAAAGGCAACCCGGCUUCCGGCCGGACAAAGCGACGGCGGACUUGCAUCGCCGCGUGCGGCGCAGCCGAGGUCUGCUGCACGAAGUGCUUCACGGCAAGCGAUUCCUGAACUACCAGGGGCGGAUGUACAACGACAAAGGUCAACUACAUUGCUGCGCGACAAAAGAAGAUGCCGAUGGUGGUUCGCAACAAUCUUGGAUGUUGGAGGAACAACGGCGCGACGAGGGCGUGCUUCAGCCCGAGGGGGGACGCGCCUCCUUGGGGAGUGUGCUGCACCCCCUGUCACUGUUGGUGCAGGAACUGCAAAAUCAUGAUAAGCUCCGUCUUAGUGAACUUCAACAGCGUGAAUUGCGGUCCGAACAACCCGAAGUGAGGGAGCGAGACGAGGAGCGCCAGGAGACCUACUACCCGGGGCAUGAACCGGGAGGUGGCGACGAAGACGAACGUGCACCGGAGAGCGGAUUCGAAAUAACGGCGACGCCAGGGGACAGUAUUUCCCCCACGGGGGCGGUAUCCACCCAAAACGACCGGGCUGCACGCUAUUGUUCCGUUGAAGGACCAGAGCAAGACCGCCCGCAGGCCGGCCCCAUGCAGAAGGAUGUCGACGAUAAGCUCGCGGAGUGGUGGCGCUGUCGAUUUGAUUUCGGAUGCAAGCCUUGCAUAUUUCACCGGACGAAAGGAUGUGAGCAGGGAGCCGCCUGCAUGUUUUGCCACACUUGCACUGCAGAAGACCAGCGGCACUUUUACAGGCUCAAGAAAACGGUCCGCCACAAGAUCUCGAUUCUGCAGCGCCAGCAGAGAAUCGCGAAGAUCGUGUCGGAGCCGAAAAAGGGCAAGAAGGCCGGCGGCGGAGGACCUACUGUGUCGACGAAGAACUCGUCCAACAGCACCGCCUCCAGGUUUGGACUGCUCUUGGGCAGCCACAGAGCCCCGGACUACACAGCCGCCGCGCAGCUGCACAACUACAGCGCUGGUCCGACAGGAAGUGGGACCGCAAAAAAGCUAGGGUCCAAGUCGAGUGAAAGGAAUUCACAUGAUGUAAUACCGUCCAGUGUUGCUUCCUCGUCGAAAGCUUCGCCGAGCACACCACCAGGAUCGUUCGCUCCUCCCACGGCUUACCACUGCGGACCGGAUUCUUGUGCGCUUGCCGGUGGCGGAGGCGCGACAUUCGGGCAGCUGGUAGGCCAGGGCUGUGUUCUGGCUGAACCGCCAUGCUGCUUUUACGUGUACCAACCGACAAAUGUUGUGCAAGUUCCCUAUGCCGGCCCCGCUCCCAGUACGACGCUGGGCCUGGCAGUCCCGCAUCCGGCGGGAGGGUGCUUUGUGCAAAGCCAUUGCCCGCCACAUGCACAAGAACAUCAUGUUGACAGAAUGGAUCAAAACAGUCAACACGUUAAUAGCCAGGGGAUUCUGAACACACCAGCGUCCGUUGUCACCAUUGCUGAGAGUCCGGCAACUGGAAACCUGUCCCCGUGGCGCACAGCGCUCAACCGGGAAGCGCAUCCUUUUCAACCCGCGACCCGCCAGCGCGUCGAUUCUGCAGACAGCGACGAGGCACUGCGGCUCGUGGCGCAAGUAAGUGCAGUAAAGUAUGCGAGGGAGGAGGUGCAAUUUCCGUUGGACGCUGCAGAAUGGCCCAAGCUGCCGUCACCCAAGGGGCGACCCAUUUCUCUGCAGAACGCAACCGCCGAAAAGAAGAAAGCAAAGCCCGAUCCAAGAUGAUGUUAGGGUCUUUGUUGAGCAAAGAUGAACCAGUCAGCCGAAACGGAACUUUUUACAAAAUAGGCUUUACAUGAUGUUUCACGAUAGCAGCCACGGGUCGACGCAGAAAAAGAGGUUUGGUGUGCAAGAAUUUUUUGCACUGCUGUGUGAUGCGUUGUACUGCACCAGUUUCCGCCACUGCACUAGUUUCUGGGACGAGACCGCGAAAAUGUUUCUUUCGGGUGCGAUUGCAGACACAAAAAUAUUGUCUUGGCACGACAAAAAUGCACCUAAAAUUGAUAGUUCUUGAACAAUUUAACUACUUACGUACUUCAGCAACGCGAAAUGAAAGAAAGGCGGGUAAGAUGAAUAACUUGCUGUACUUUGAAUUGAGCUGCUGCUCUCGACGAUGUUACAUGCGCCUCUGCAUCGGCCUGUAUCGAGUAUAAGUCGAUGGAUGGAAUUUCAAUUUUCUUGAUUGGCGAUGAAAUUUUCUGAAAAACAAAGAGAAUUUGCGAUGAAUUGACAGAAGAAAUGCAGGACCUGGGAUGUCAAUCGGGACAUCCAAUUUCGAUGGAGAAAAGGCAUUAGAAAAGUGGCGACUUUAGUGCUUUUCGGAUGCCCUUUCGCUUUUUAUUCCUAGCAGAAUAAAGAUCAGGUUUUAG